AUGUCCCGGCGCAAGAUCUCCUCGGAAUCCUUCAGCUCGCUCGGCUCGGACUACCUGGAGACCAGCCCGGAGGAGGAAGCCGAAUGCCCCGUGGCCAGGCUAUGCUGGAACGGCAGCCGGAGCCCCCCCAGCCAGUCGGGGGCCACCACCCCCGUCGUCCCGGCGGCGCCCCCAUUAGAGGCGGCGGCGGCGGCGGCAGGGCCGGCCCCCGCGGGCUCCAGGAGGGCUCCUCGCCGGAGACGGGUCAACCUGGACUCUCUGGGCGAGAGCAUCAGCCGCCUCACCGCCCCCACGCCACAGACCAUAAGGCAGACUCUCCAGAGGACCCUGCAGCAUUACGAGCAUCAAGUAAUUGGUUACAGGGAUGCUGAAAAGAACUUCCACAAUAUCUCUAACCGAUGCUCCUACACAGACCACUCUGGCAGUGACGAAACUGAAGACGUCUCAGGAAUUCUCCAGUGUACAGCAAAUAUACUCGGCUUGAAGUUUGAAGAGCUGCAAGAGAAAUUUGGGGCAGAAUUCUUCAACAUCUGCUUCGACGAGAAUGAGCGAGUUCUCCGAGCAGUGGGGGGCACCUUGCAAGAUUUCUUCAACGGCUUUGAUGCUUUGCUGGAGCACAUCAGGACUUCGUUCGGAAGGCAAGCCACUUCGGAGUCCCCGUCUUUCCUAUGCAAAGAGCUCCCCGAAGGCAGCCUGGUGCUCCACUACUUCCACCCUCACCAGAUUGUUGGUUUUGCCAUGAUGGGUAUGGUUAAGGCAGCAGCGAGGAAGAUCUACCAACUGGAAGUCGAAGUGGAACAGAUUGCGAACGAAAAAAUGUGCCCCGAGGACUCGAACCCGGGCAACUGCAAUUGUCUCACUUUUCUGAUCAAAGAGCGCGAAAAUGCAAAUAUCACGAAAGCACUUCCUCUCGGGACGUCCCAGUCCCCCUCCGACCUGAGGAUAAGCAUCAGCACCUUCUGCCGGGCGUUUCCCUUCCAUCUGAUGUUUGAUCCCAGCAUGCUGGUGCUGCAGCUCGGGGAAGGACUUCGGAAGCAGCUCCGUUGCGAGGUUCACAAGACGCUGAAAUUCCAAGACUGCUUCGAGAUCGUUUCUCCAAAGAUCGGGACCACCUUCGAACGAGUCCUCCUGAGGCUGUCUACGCCCUUUGUGAUCCGAACCAGACUGGAAGCGUCUGGCUCUGAAAAUAAAGAUAAGGUGAUGGAAAUCAAAGGACAAAUGAUUCACGUCCCAGAAUCAAACUCCAUUUUGUUUUUGGGUUCCCCUUGCGUGGACAAGCUGGAUGAACUGAUGGGCCGAGGCCUCCAUCUUUCAGACAUACCAAUCCACGAUGCUACUCGUGAUGUCAUCCUUGUUGGGGAGCAGGCCAAAGCUCAGGAUGGCUUGAAGAAGCGGAUGGACAAGCUGAAGGCAACGUUAGAACGAACGCAUCAAGCUCUGGAAGAGGAGAAGAAGAAGACGGUGGAUCUCCUCAUUUCUAUCUUCCCAGAAGAGGUGGCUCAACAGCUGUGGCAAGGGCAGCAAGUUCAAGCCAGGAAGUUUGACGAUGUUACUAUGCUCUUCUCGGACAUUGUGGGCUUCACGGCUGUCUGCGCCCAGUGUACUCCCAUGCAGGUGAUCAGUAUGCUCAACGAGCUCUACACGCGUUUUGACCAUCAGUGUGGAUUCCUGGAUAUUUAUAAGGUGGAGACGAUAGGCGAUGCGUACUGUGUUGCAGCAGGGCUCCACCGGCAGAACCUCAACCACGCAAAGCCCAUAGCCCUGAUGGCCUUGAAGAUGAUGGAGCUGUCAGAGGAGGUGUUAACACCCGAUGGGAGACCUAUUAAGAUGAGGAUAGGAAUUCACUCAGGAUCUGUCCUGGCUGGAGUUGUUGGUGUAAGAAUGCCAAGAUAUUGUCUCUUUGGCAACAAUGUCACCCUAGCAAGUAAGUUUGAGUCGGGGAGCCAUCCACGCCGCAUCAACGUCAGCCCGACCACAUACCAGCUUCUGAAAAAGGAAGAAAAUUUUAUCUUCAUUCCUCGGUCCCGCGAAGAGCUUCCAGACAACUUUCCAAAGGAAAUCCCGGGGAUUUGUUAUUUCCUGGAGGUCAGAACUGGUCAGAAGCAGCCAAAGUCCUCCGUCACCUCUGCCAGAGUGAGAAAGAUUUCCUACAACAUUGGCACCAUGUUCCUGCGGGAAACGAGCCUAUGAGGCCCGCUGCAGAUCAAAGACUCAUCAAAAAAGCACAAGCCCAGAACUGGGUCAUGACAGGAGAGAGGAGUUUCUUUCUGUUUCACUGCAUUGUUCCAAGCAAGCAGUAAAAGCUCCGUGAAAUGUCAGGCAAUAAUUCUUUUUAAAGGUGGGUGACUGCUGUCUGUAAACAAACUGGAAAGGGGCAAGGGAGGGAGCAGGGAUUUCUUUUUUAAAAUCUAAUUAAGCAAAAUACUUGUCUGUUGCCAGAGCUUCAGUUGGCCAUCAAUGUCAAAGUGGUGGCAAGAACCGUGGAAUCCAAAUUGAGUUGCUGUUGAUGGGCCGGUGGGGAACAUGUUCUACUCUGCCAGGGGUGUGCAAUGUGUGGUUCUCCAUAUGUUAUUGGUCCCCAACCCCCAUCAGCCCCAAUCAGAAUGACAUGGGCUGAUGGGAGUUGUAGCCCAACAGUAUCUAAGCAUUGAGUUUCCUGUACAAGGUCCAUUGAAAUGAAUGGAGUGUUUGGUGGAUUGCUUUGUUCUGUUCAGAAAUGGGUGGCUGGUUCUUUUUUUAUUUGAAGUCAUAGUAUCCCUGCUAUUGCUUUAAGCAUCCUCCAUUUGUGUCAACAGAAUCGGGGUAGGCCCCCUUCACAUGCACCUAUCAAAUGCAUGUAACAGCAGUGCUCGGUGGAUUACGCUCUAGAUUUGCACCAGCUAAGCAGACAGUUCAUAUUAUGAUGCAUUCCUGCAUUUAAAAGUGUUAUUCACUAAGGUUUAGGUUGCUUCU